AUGUGGUUGGAACCUUCAGCAUCAAAGCGUGUCGAUCUUCAUCCUGUUCCCAAGUCGAGACCUAGGAUCAAACUUUCGAAGCGGUUCGACCGCUAG